CACCUCAUCCUGCCCCCAACCUGCUACUCCCCCUAUCCAACCUCUAUACCUUCUGCUCUGUUGUUGAAUUCAUAAUCUUUGGAUGGUGCGCAGUGGUGGAGGAGAAGAUGAAGCCAAAGAAAUGGUUGUUGAGCUCACCAAAACCCUAAAAGAAGGAGAACGACUCGUUAGCCCGACCCGUAGACCCGACGAAACCCUGCGCAAACCCAUUCCGAUCAAGGCUGGUUACACGCUUCAGGAUGAAGUCGCCAUUUACAAAUCCAAAGGAGCUCUCGUAUACUAUGCCCCUAGUUAUGAUCCUGAAGUGGAUGUUAGUAAACCCAAAACCAAAUCCGCUAAGCGGAAUGAGAGGAAGAAGGAGAAGCAUUUGCUGGUCUGUCAUCUAACCUUUGUAUAUGUUAGAAUUGUUGUGUGAUGAGGUGGUGGUAGUGGCAAGAUGUAGUGGUUAGGGUUUUAGGGUUAGGAAAUUGGGGAAGAUGAUGUCUUUAUGUAUUUUAUUUAUUUUAUUAUUA